AUUGAUGUUUAUCUUGCAUCUCUAGUACCAUAUGACUUUUCCAAGAGACGCGAAAAUUACAUAGAGAAUUAGGCAAUUCAAUCAUAUAUAUUCGCUCCGGAUCGAUGUUGUAGCAGCGCCCAAGAUGGCGGGCAUCCCGGUUGAAUUCGAUGAGACGGUGGUCAAUCAGUUUAGCUGCAAGCGUUGCGACCGCACGUUUAAGAGCAAGCGCGACCAAACGCUGCACCGGCAGGAGGUGCACAACCACAACAAAACUACCUAUGAGUGCAAGCUGUGCUCCAAGAGCUUCUGCAAUAGCGGCAACCUCGACCGUCACAUGAAGGUGCAUAAUGAUGUGCGGCCAUUUGUUUGUAACUUAUGCUCCAAGGCCUUUGCCCAAGCGGUUAACCUGCAAAGGCACUACGCCGUACACAGUGGCGAGCGUCCAUAUCAAUGCAACUUUUGCAACAAGUCCUUCACGCAGCAGAGCAACAUGAAGCGCCACAAAAUGACACACACCGGCGAAAAGCCGUUCCGAUGCCAGCGAUGCGGCAGAUACUUCUCCCAGCUGGUCAACCUUAAAAAGCACAAGCUGGGGCAUCUCAAUGCCAAGCCUUACCAGUGCAAUUACUGUGAAAAGGGCUUCACCCAGCUAUCCAACUUUAAACGGCACCUGCAGUCGCACAUCAAGGAAGGCGUUGACGUGGAUGUGCCCGGUGCAAUACAAGCAGCUUCAGCCAUGGCGAGGGAACGCCUUGAGGCAGAGCAGAAACCUAGUUUCUUUGAGUGCAUGGUCUGUCGUGCCAUUUUUGAAACGUUUGGCGAUUAUGAGAAGCAUGAGGCCAAAUGUCAUGAGGACCAUGAACGCGCCCAGAUAGAGGUUAAUCAAAUAUCGCAUAUGCAUGCGGAUGACUAUUUGCCGAUGAAGUUUUCGGUGCCUGAUCUGGAUACGCACGAGAUAAUAAUUGAGACUACACAUUAAGCAUAUAAACACACACGCCCGCAAUCACAUACAAUUCAACAUCCACUCAAAAGAGUAAUCAUUUAUUGAAAGCUGUAUCUGCAUAUACUCUUGUUUAUUAUAUAUAUAUACGAGUUCGGACCAUGUCGUCCAAUAUGCAGGUCAACAUAUUUCUUCUUCUUAUAAAUAAAUGCAACACUUAAAAAGCA